AUGAAGCCGCCACUUCCGGCCAAAAUUCGAAAAAGCUACCAUUGGCCCUACCUAACCAAAAAAAAGCAAGCCCGAGUGCGCGUGCGCACGCGCGUGCGCCUUCCACUCCGGCGGCCUCUGACCCCGCCCACGUCCGGGCCGAUCUUCCAGAAGCUGCGCGCGCGCCACCUUCCUUUCCCUCCCUCCCUCCCCCGCCCCCCCCGCCCGCUCCUCCUUAUUAGAGAGCGAGAGCGGACGAGACAUCCGGUUCCGCCCCGAAUCCGUGCUUGUGAGGGAAGGAGGGAGAAAGAGAGAGACGGACGCGCUGCCCCAGUCGCUCCUCCCCCCCCCCGCGCCCUCGGCCGGGAAGCGAACCCCGGACCCUGAGACGGAGAAAGAAGAGCGCCUAGGUAACCGGGGGGAGAGGGCCGGGCCGGGCCGGGCCGGGCGGGGAAGGCCGGCCUCCCUCCCUCCCGCCUUCCCCCGUGAGGGGGUGUGUGGGAAGGGGCGAAGCGGGGCAGCUUCUCCUCAGAGAGCGGGGGGGAGGAGGAGGAGCGGCGGCUGUCAACAGCCCCGCAGGCCCCUUCCCCGGGCGCCCAGAGGGGUGCGGGGCCGGUGGCUGCGCGACCUCCUUCCCUCCGGCCUCGCCCUGAGGGGGAAAUGGGCCGAGGAGGUGCAAGUAGUGGCGGUAACAAUAAUAAUAAUAAUAAUAAUGUGCAAUAAGUCCUCUUUGAGGCGCCCACGCAGCUUGCAGCCACGAAACCGCUAGCCCGUUUGCAAUGCUUGGCAGGGUUCAGACUUGGGGGGGGGGAGGGAGGGGGACACGCGUGCUGAGGUUCCCUGCAUGGCGGGGGGGUGGGCUGGAUGACCCCCCGGAGGCCCCCUUCUGACUAUUCGGUUCUGUGAUUCUAUGGUACACAAGCCCGCCUUUGAAAGAGUAAGAUUGUGAGCGUGCAGGUCUCUCUGUGUGUGUGUGUGUGUGUAAGUAGUAGCGGUAACAAUAAUAAUAGGAAUAAUAAUGUGCAAUAAGUCCUCUUUUUAGGUGCUCUCGCAGCUUGCGGCAGCAUCUGCAGCCAUGAAACUGCUACCCCGUUUGCAAUGCUAAGCAGGGUUCAGACUGGGGGGGGGGACGCGUGCUGAGGUUCCCUGCAUGGCGGGGGGUGGGCUGGAUGACCCCCCGGAGGCCCCCUUCUGACUAUUCGGUUCUGUGAUUCUAUGGUACACAAGCCCACCUUUGAAAGGGUAAGAUUGUGAGUGUGCAGGUCUCUCUCUCAGUCACUCUCUUUUUCUCUCUAAUGUGUGCAUGUACAGUUAUGUGUGUCCCCGUAUGUGCGCACAUACACACACAGCUUCCUUCACUGCGGGCUCAGUGACAACUCCCAGAUACUUAGUGCUCAUGUGGCGCCUUUCAAGUUCCCAGCACACCAGAAUAACAUGCUUCCUGGCAAAAACAGCCCUGUAAGGUAGGGGUGGCACUGCUGGAAGCGUGUGGACCUCCAGCUAAUAUGAGUGUUAGGAAUCAUAUAAUGGUUGGGUUGGAAGAGACCCUGAGGGUCAUCUAGUCCAACCCCUGCUUCAGGAUGGGAAAGUACAGUACUUCUCCACACAGUGCAUGGUUAGGCUAUGACAGACUCACUCCCAUAGCAGAGGUUGUGAUGCUCACCCAACCUAGAUGGCUUUCAAAGAGGAUUUAGUCAAAUUUGUGGAGAAGAGGGCUAUCAAAGGCCACUAGCCAUAAUGGAUAGUCACUGCCUCUGCAGUUGCAGGCUGUCAUGCUUCUGAAUACCAGUUGCUGCUGGAAGCCUCAGGAGGGGAAAAGGUUCUUGCGCCUGAAUUCUGCCUGUGGAUUUCCCAUAAUCAGUAUCUGGUCAGCUGCUGUGAGAACAAGGUGCUGAACUAGAUAAGGCAUUGGCCUGUUUGCAGCUGACUCCUCUUAAGAUCUUACAAGAGUGAAAGUGACUUGCGGUGGCUAAGAUCUUAAGUGGGGAUUUCCUGUUUAAUAACACUUAGCUACUAUGCUAUAUCAGCUUCCAUUUCACAUGUGAAAAUGGGUGCUGUGAACCUGUCUUAUCCCUACUGACACAUCAAGGAUUGCUGAGCUUGUCAACCAAACUGUAACCUUAACCUUUUCUUACCUGUUGACAGAUGUAUUUAUUUACUGUGCAUUAUAGCUGGUCCUAGACCUGAUUUGAAAACAAAGCUCUGUUUGGUUAAAAGGAUAAUAAAAAAUAGAUUUCCCUUAAGAUGUAUUAUCAUAGUUCUGAACCCUAGCCACCUUAAUGUUUACUCCAAUGCAUUCAUAUGCAAAUACCCUAGAGACAAAAAUACAUCUUCCUUCCAUUCAGAAAAAAACAGCAGUUUUACUGCAUGUAUGCAUGCUAAAAGAUCCAUAUAGUUCCUCAUCCUGUUUUCCAUUGUAGCUAACCAAAUGCUAAUGGAAAACCCCCAAGCAGAGAUGAAGAGGAGAGUGUUGGCUACUUUUACUUAGCAGUCUAUGAAGGGCCAGACUAGGCUGCAAACUCAUUAACUGGGUGAAGCUGCAAUUGUGCUCUUACAGGAGCCUCUUGCUAGCUCUUCCUAUAGGGCGUAGGGGCAGGAAAUAGGUGAAUUAGGCACAAACCCCCAUGAGGGAAGUAUUUGAAUUCGGGCCAAAUUCUCCUUUUGCAUGUCAGACAACAAGUGGUCAUGCCAAAAGAUAAGUGGGGAGGGAGAAGCAAGCAAAACUGCAAUCCAACCUUCACUCUCCCCAAACAGUUUUCCAACCACUCAGGUACAGCAGGAGGGUAUAUUAUGGGGCACAGCAUCCUUACCCAGCAAAGACCUAGAGGGUUGCACCAGGAACCCCAUUUCCCACUAGAAAAUUCUGGAAGGACUUUGUAUACCUAGGAUGCCCUGGUGAAUUCAGAGUCUUGAGCCAUUCAGAGGAAAUACCACAUCAGUCAAUUGUAUGACUCCCACGUGACCCAGUUUGCUUUUGCAGCACUCAGUUCCUGCCAUAUAACCUAGCCACACUAUUCCACAUGUUCAUAUGCAUUAUUGUCUGGCACUGCUGUUUAUUUCCUCACUAUGUCUUGAGGAAAGACGUCCCCAAUUCUCUCCCCCAACAACAGACUUACUCAUUCCUUCACAUGCCCACUGCAUAAUUCAUCACAUCAGGAGUAACCAGGAGGCUUUUCAACUGUUGGGGGUCUCAACCCCCUUACCUCACUGGAAUUCAAAUGGCCAAAGAAGGAAUGAACUACACCAAGACCUGGUGGAAAAGAAACCUUUGAGCCCCUUUCUCUUCAUAAUUCUAUCCUGACACGAGCUCCUGUGAAUAAGAACCAGCAGGCGUGGGAAGCAGGGUUCGAAAUUAGCAGGGCACCAGGCACAUUUCGCACCUAAAGAUACUCCAUUUGCGAGCACCGCAAAAGGUCUGGGUUCCAUUUUUUUGCACCUGCCUGACACUCAAGGAUUAUUGAAAUGUAUGUGCUUUGAAGCCUCAAAGUAUGUGUUAAGAAUAGACAUUAAGGAGUUUAAUAAUGUAGAGUGUUUUGAAAACUGAACUCUGGUACGAAUAUUUUAUUGUAAACACCAAAUUAAACACGUAUUUCUUUUUAAAAUGGGAUAUUAACAAUGUGUCACUUAUGUGAAUUGCAUAUUAGUUCAUGCUUAUCAAAAUAAUAAAUAAAAAGUGUUGCUGGACCCACCCCUAAUCGCAACUAGAUAUUCUGUUUUGGCACCCACAACCCAGGUCCCACGAGCCAUUUGGCUCCUAGCUUUUCUGGUUUCUAACGCUGGUGGGAAAGGGUCAUCGGCUCCUAAACCCCAUCAACACAGAAAUGGCAGCUGUAACAAAGCGGAAUGAGAUCUGGAAGCAGAAAAUAUGAACAUAGCUGCCAGUCACCUUGUCUCAGCAGGGCUCCUUCACCUUUGCUAUGUGGCCAACAGCAAAGGAACAGGUGUACUGCUCCAUAGUGCUCCAUCUCUGUGUUGGCUAGGGCUUCGACAAUACAUAGCUGUCUCCCAAGCAGCUUACAAAAAAAUACAGGAGCUUAGUAGAACAGGAAAGGCAGCAAAACACAAGGAAUAGCACCGAUCACUGCUCUUACUAACAUUGUAGUCCUAUCGUGUUGUCUUAGUAGGAACUUUCCUUAGAGGACUGCUUGUGAGCCAGGAAGAGUUGGGGACAUUAAUGAGCAAUGGUCAGGAAUCUGCAACAUAGGCUCUGCCUAGUCACAGCUUCAUCCAGCCUUUCAGAAGGGAGCUAUCACUGAGACAGUACUUGCUCUUUUUCCUUUGGGGAGCUGCAGUGGAGUUCUUUGUGCAAUGUCCACUUUUUUCAGACUGUGAUCCUGGAAGGCAAAGGGAAUAAUGAUUGUUUGGCUGGCACUAGCAGUAGUGGCAACACAAAGCUUACCUGUGUCACUACCCCACCCCCACCCCACUAAGUGUGUGUACUUAGAUUUGCAUGGAGACAUCAUUACUAGCUUUGGGAGAGGAAGGCUUUGUAAUGCAAAAAGUUUAACCAAAAAGGUGUUGUCAAGUAAGCAUGUUACCUCCUCUCCCUUGCUUAGUUUUGUGGGGUGCCUUGUCCUUUCCUCCCUUGCUGGGGUAACAGAGCAGCAGUUCCUGUUGCAUUGGAGUUCCCGUAUAAUACUAUUUAGAAGUACCCAUAAUGCUAUUUAGAGGAUAAGCUUUUUGUGGAAAGUGCUCUUUCACUUUAGGAACAUACGGCACUGUGCUAUACUGAGCCAAAUCGUUGAUUCACCUACUGUCUCCACCAAUUGGCAGGAGCUCUCCUGUGUUUAGGAAGGAGCCUCUCCACCACACUCACCAUGUUACCUGGAGUUGCCAGGUAUUGAACUUGGGACCUAGAUGUAGUAAUAAUAAUAACAAUAAUAAAUUAUUAUUUAUACCCCGCCCGUCUGACUGGGUUUCCCCAGCCACUCUGGACGGCUUCCAACCAAAUAUCAAAAACAAUACAGCGUCAGACAUUAAAAACUUCCCUUUUAAAAGGAAAAUAGUUGUUUAUUGCCUUGACAUCUGCUGGGAGGAUGUUCUACAGGGCAGGCGCCACUACCGAGAAGGCCCUCUGCUUGGUUCCCUGUAACCUCACUUCUUGCAGCGAGGGAACCACCAGAAGGCUCUCGGCGCUGGACCUCAGUGUCUGGGCUGAAUGAUGGGGGUGGAGACGCUCCUUCAGGUAUACAGGACUGGGGCCAUUUAGGGCUUUAAAGGUCAGCACCAACACUUUGAAUUGUGCUUGGAAACGUACUGGGAGCCAAUGAAGAUCUUUCCGGACUGGUAGAUGUUCUACCACUGAGCUACUGUCCUUGCGUAGCGCCCAUCAGCAAGGUGAAUCCCAGUGGUACAGGUUUUCCAGAAAAUUUUGGACUGGAAAAUUUAUGUUGCCCUAAGGCAUUUGAGUUCUGAUUUAGCGCAUUUGUUUGACUUUUAAUUUUUAUUAAAUGUGUGCUCUAUUAAUUUUUCAUGUUGUAUGAACAUCUCCGAAGGUUUUCCAAUAUUAAUAAGUAUUAGAACUGAAAUUUGUCGUCGUCCCCCCCCCCAGGUGCUUCAAAUGUAGUUUGAAACGUUGUAUUCAAGCAGAUUCAAAACUUCACUUGAAAAUUAUUUUUAUUGGAAUAUUUGUAAAUAAUUUAAGGUUUAACAAUAGAAUACACUUUCCUUCUGUGGCAGAGGAGGGAUGAAGGCACUGCACAUGUUAACAUAUGAACUUUUAUCGUGCCGAAAGAACAAAUAAGUGUGCUUCCUACAGUCACCUUAUUCCAGAGUAUUGUAUCUAUUCAAAUUGUUCUGAAUUGUAUUAAUUAUGUUACAUGACAUACCAAAUUUAAGGAAGACACUGACAAACUGGUGUUUGUCCAGAGGAGGGUGACUAGAAUGGUGAGUCUGGAAACACAUGCUGGACAGAGGUAGCUGGGUAUGUUUAGCCUGGAAAAUGAUUAAAGGGAGACACAGUGGGGGUCAAAAAGAUAGAGCAGCAGUUUGACUUCACCCCCGGAGGUGCAUUUCAUUGUCUCUUGAGACAGACAGGUGCCAACAACAACAACUGACUAUUUGCAUGGGGUGGUGGAGUCAACAGUGGUUUAGCUUGGGUAGUACAUUGGUGCAGGGGGCUUAACAUCAAACCCUAAAGCUCUCCAGCCAGCAUAAAUAUAGGCUUGCACCCGUAGCCAUCUCCAAUACUUGAGCAUUUCUUAGUAGGGUGCUUCAACCCUGUCAUCUUCCUGGCUGCGCUUUUUAACAUCUUUUCCAACUCUAUAUCAUCUUUUUGUGAUGGAGCAACUGAAACUGUAGAUAGUAUUCCAAAUGCAAGUGCUUUAUAGGUUUAUUUAUAUAAAUGUGAUAUGAUAGCAACUGCUUCAUUUUAAAUUCCUUUUGUAGUAAUUCCGAGCACGGUAUUUUCCUUUUCCAUUACCACCAUGCUCUUAGUUAAUGAUUUUCACAGAGCUGUAUCCACUGUGGUCAUAAUGUACAUUUUUUUUGUUUAGUCACCACAUGUUCAGAUCUCAUCAAUAUACAGGUUUUUCCCCUCCAACGUGUAUCAGCUUUCACUUAACUUGCAUUGAACCUACGUUUCAUUGACUAUUCAUGCAGUUGGGAGAGAUUUUUCAGCUUCUAUUAGUUGGUAAGCUGAAUAAUUUGCUGUUCUCUGCAGACUUGGCCAUUUUCGUGUUCACUCUUUGUCUCCAGAUCAUUUAUGAACAAAUUAAAUAGUAUCAGUAUCUUAUAUAAUGAUUCAUUGUACUUCCCAUCAUUGAAAUAAUUUUAUGUUAUUUUAAUUCUUUGCUUCCUGUUCUUUAGCAAAGUAAUGAAUCUCUGUUCUUUCUCCCAUGACUGCUAAAUUUACUCAGAAGACUUUGGUGAGGUACUUUGUCAAAAGCUUUUUGGAAGCCAGAGUAUAUAAUCUCUACUGAAUCAUGCAUAUCUACAUGCUUGUAAACUCCUAAAAGGCUUUGGCCCUGUAUACCAGAUGGAGCUUCUCCACCCCCAUAAUUCAGCCCGGAGGGGCUUUCUGGUGGUUCCCUCACUGAGAGAAGUGAGGUUACAGGGAACCAAGCAGAGGGCCUUCUCGGUAGUGGCAUCUGCCCUGUGCAAUUCCCUCCCAUCAGAUGUCAAGGAAAUAAACAACUAUCUAAUUUUUAGAAGACAUUUGAAGGCAGCCAUGUUCAGGGAAGUUUUAAAUGUUUGAUGUUGUAUUAUGCUUUAAUUUUUUUAUAGCCACCCAGAGUGGUUGGGGUAACCCAGUCAGAUGGGUGGUAUAUAAGUAUUCAAUAAUAAAUGAUUGAUUGUAGAAAAUGAAAGGUUGGCAAGGCAGCACAGGACUCCACUUUGCCAAAGCCAUGUUGUUUUACUCCACCUUCCUUCAACUUCAGCCAGUGUGGCCAAUGAUCAGGGAGUUGUAAUUCAGCAACAUCUGGAGGACCACAGGUUUCCCCAUUCCUGAUUUAGAAUCUAAAUCUGCAGUCUGGAACUUACCCUGGAGUAAACAUACAUUGGGUCAGAACGUUGGGCAUCAAAGUAGUACAUUCCUGAAACUGUAUAUCCAAAUAGUGCAAGUCCCACAUAGGAUGUGCAUCCCAUGGACAUGUCACAGAGAGGGUGGUCAGGUGUUGAUGAGAAUUGGGAGAGGCCAACCCAAGGGAAGGUUCUAGUGGGUUGAGAACUUGCAGCGCUAGGGAAAUGGCCAGUGGAUUGGGAGGAGGGGAUCCAGAUUCAGGAGAAGGGCCUAGUGGCUUGUCAGAGAUGGACUUCCCAAGCCAUACAUCACCAGCUGUGGAGGUGGUUCCAGCAGCCCUGUACCCUGAAAGUGAAGAGAAUUCCUCUUUGAGCUGGCUACGUCAUCUCCAAGGAUGUGGAAGCAACAUUGCUGGUGCAAGCAGACCAUAUAUGCCCAGUCUCUAUAGAGGAGUUCCCAUUUGCUUCUCAGUCCCAAGGCUUGGGACGUCAGAUGCACGAAUGUGCCUGCUUCAGUCUUCAAACGUAGAGGGCAGGGAGCACGCCAAGUGUAGGAUCAAAUCUUAGUUGAGCCUAGCCAUGUAUCUUCGUACUCUGCCUUGCUUUAAUGGCUUGUAACCUGUAGACUCAUGCUGGGCUUCUGUAUGAGUCAAACUUUCAGAACAGUUCGCGUUCUGAGUCCAAAGGGGACUCAGGAUAUCGGGCAAAUAUUUUAAAAUAAAGAAUUGCAGCUGCUGCUUGUAAAAUCUGUAACUGCCCAUCCCAGCUUUUAUGCUUUUAUCAGUCAUAUGUAAGUGAAGUGAACACUUGGAAGGGGAAAUUACAGAAACCUUAAAUUCUUUUGAAACUGAAUUUUGCUGGAUAGGAACUACCGUAGUUCUUUCCCUCCCUGCAGUUAUAAGGUUCUACUGCAUUUAAUGUUCAUCAUCCAAUAGAGUAGUGUACAUUUCAUCUUACGUUGUGUGUGUUCUCUUGUAUUACAGCCUUUGACACUGUCUACCAAAGAAAUGGUGAUGGAGAAGCCAAGUCCGCUGCUUGUAGGGCGGGAGUUCGUGAGGCAGUACUAUACCCUGCUAAAUAAAGCCCCCGACUUCUUACACAGGUAACUUCUAAAUAUAUCAAUAGCUGGUGUUGUCUUGACAAAAGUAGCAAGUUGAAUUGACCCCACUUCCUCCAAAUGUAACUGUUUAUCUUAUGGACAGCUUAACUUGACAGUAUGCACUAGUUCCGCCUUGAUGUUUUUAUUUUAUUGUAUGCAGCCUUUAUAGUUUACUAAAGGGUGGCUUUAAAAUCUUUAAAUUAAAUGGGUGUUCUUUAACUAAACAACAAGCAUAGGCAACUUGGGCUAUGUUUAUUUUGUGUCCCAUAAUUUGUUUCACGCACAAAGAAAAUCCACCCUUUCAAGCCAUAAAAAAUUAUAUUUCGAAGUGUGGCUUUAAUUUAGGUUCUGACUAAAACAGCUGUUCUAUCUAAACUUGAAGUGUUUUUUUUAAAAAAAUUAUAAUUGUGGGCUUCAUUAAUAAAGAAUAAGCAAUUGAAAUAGCAGCCGAACAACACAAAUUGGGAGCACUGAGAGAAGAAACAAAGCACAGAUACCCUGCCUCCUAUUCCUGUGUAUGUAUUUAUUGAAGGCUUUGUUCAACUAAGUCAUAUUCAGUAUUGACACACUGAAAUCAUUGGACUUCAGUUGCUCAUGACUAACAAUUCCAUUGAUUUCAGUGGGCCUAGUUUGGGCAUGGCUUAGCCAGAUACAACCCUAUGAAAGUAUUAUACAAUUAUACUCCCAGGGUGGUUUGCAAAAACAAAAACAAUUACAGCGUGAAUGCAAGAAAAUACAGCAAAUGAAAAAACCGCCAAAUCAGCAUGAUACAGCAAGAUUAAAAUUGUUUCUUUAAAAGCUGGAAAAAUAAAAAGAUCCUUACUGGUGCUGAAAAGAUGUUAAGGUAAGAGACCAAGCAAACCUCUCUAGAGAUAGUGUUCCACGCUGGAGUUGCCGCUGCUGAGAAAUUUUCUCAUACCCUCCCCCAUUACAUUAGAGAGAGAGAGAGAUGUUUAUAAAAGGUCCUUCAUUGAGGGUCUAAAUAUAUGGGUAGGUACAAAGACAAGCGGUCAUCAGCCAAUCUCAUGUUCCAAAUGAUGCCAAAUUAAGCAUACACAUGUUCUGUUUACAUGUAAGAGACGUAGAGAAGUUAUUUUGAGUGAUCUCAUAAAUGCAAUAAACAAAUAUUUUGAUUGGGAAUUCCAUACUGCAGCUGAUCACAGUGGAGCUUGCUGUCAGCAGUGAUCAGCUGAUCAACAUUUACAAGCAAGCCUUGCUUGCCAAGGCUCCGAAUUGUUUCCAUGAUGGUGGAACAUGUGGGUAUAGUUUGAAGAAAGCAGCCUUGUGGGCCAAAUUAGGACUCCCAGUGGACCUAAUUUCACUUGCGGGGCAAAGGUUCUCCACUAUUGUACCAGUUUUCAAAAAAGCAACUUCAGAGUUUGCCUGAAAACACCCUCCUGUUGACUGACAGAAUUAUAACACUGUGAUGUAGCUUUUCAGUUACUCUCCACUGGCCACAGUUUCUUUUCUAUUGCCAUGAUUUUCUGUUAUAUGCGCCAGAUAAAUCUCUUGUUGCAAGAAAACUCCUUGCAAUAAAGCUCAUUCUCCAUGAUGCAUGGCUGAGAAGCAGUAGAAGACCUGUUACAUCCUGGAUACCUUGAAGUGAUUUCUGACCCAGGAGCUCCUUACUGACAACAGCCAAUGAGAGUGAAGUGUAAAUGGUUAAGCGUCUCAACUGUGGUUUCUCGGCUUCCUGUGCCACACAGUUAUGGAGAAUGACAAGUGCUGUAAAGAAUUCAACAUGGGCAGUGAGGUCCUCAAGCAACAGUUUUGAACUGUGAAAUAGAGCAUCUCUUUCCCAUCGAUAAGUGUUGAGAUAAAUAUGCAUCUUAACUAUCCCAGAAAAUGCAUAUGACUAAUACUGAUGCUGGUUUUCUUCCCACUGGGGUAGUCUGCUGCUAAUCAAAUGAUUAGUAGGUCUGCACUUCAACAAAGGGACGCGGGUGGCGCUGUGGGUUAAACCACAGAGCCUAGGACUUGCCGAUCAGAAGGUUGGCGGUUCGAAUCCCCGCGAUGGGGUGAGCUCCCGUUGCUCAGUCCCAGCUCCUGCCAACCUAGAAGUUUGAAAGCACGUCAAAGUGCAAGUAGAUAAAUAGGUACCGCUCCGGCAGGAAGGUAAAAUGGCGUUUCCGUGUGCUGCUCUGGUUCGCCAGAGCCACAUGACCUGAAAGCUGUCUGUGGACAAAUGCCGGCUCCCUCAGCCUAUAGAGCGAGAUAAGCGCACAACCUUCCGGCGGGAAGGUAAACGGCGUUUCCGUGCGCUGCUCUGGUUUGCCAGAAGUGGCUUAGUCAUGCCGGCCACAUGACCCGGAAGCUGUACGCCGGCUCCCUCGGCCAAUAAAGCAAGAUGAGCACCGCAACCCCAGAGUCGGUCACGACUGGACCUAAUGGUCAGGGGUCCCUUUACCUUUACCUUUAACUGGCAACAUAGUGGUAGCUGACAAGAAAACUAAGAAUGUCAAGGGUCAUCACAUACCCCUUUACUGUGAUGAUGACCUAGCAUUUCUGUCUUUGUCUUAGGAUUUGGGUCACAAUCUGAAUGUGUGAAGAAUCUGGGCAAUAGUUCAGGAGUCACUGCUUCUCUUAUUGGAUCUCUUGCCAUUAGAUUUGAUGGUAUUGGCAUCUUGGAAGCUUUCAGAAUUUCAUGAACAAGAAAUGCUGAAUCAUAAAUGCAUAUUGAUGUACUCCUUACAGCUGCUUCCAGUUUCAGGCUGCUCUUGGAGACCAAUAUAUUGUUUGAUUAGUUUUGUAUUCUGUUGGCUCCGCUUAAAAAGUUACUAUAGUAUAGUGGUACCUCGGGUUAAGAACAUAAUUUGUUCUGGAGGUCCGUUCUUAACCUAAAACUGUUCUUAACCUGAGGUACCACUUUAGCUAAUGGGGCCGCCACGCCGCCGCCACGCAAUUUCUGUUCUCAUCCUGAAGCAAAGUUCUUAACCCGAGGUACUAUUUCUGGGUUAGCGGAGUCUGUUACCUGAAGCGUCUGUAACCUGAGGUACCACUGUAAUGACUUUGAAAUUACUGGUGCCUUGUGGUUGGAUGUGGGCAGGGGAGAUCAGGGAGAUUGUAUUAGAGCUUCAGAGUACUGUAUUUUAAUUGUUUUAUUUAGUGAUAAAUAAAAAUUAUUUCCAAUUUAAAGGCAUAUAAACUGAUCUGAAGUCUGUUCAUCAUAUGAGGCCCUUCUUCUUGUGCCUCCUCCAUGAGAGAUCCAGAGGGUGGCAAUACAAAAAAGGGCCUUUUCUGCAGUGGCUCCCCAUUUGUGGAAUGUGCUCUCCAAUGAGGUUUGGCUGGCGCCUUUGUUUACACAUCUUUAGGCGCCCAGCAAAAACCUUCCUCUUUAAACAGGCCUUUGGCUGAUGUGGCCUUUGAAAUGUGUUUGUGGGAGAUGGGGUUAUUGUUUUGUUUUGUUUUUGUUUUAACUAUUUAUUUUAUGCUUCUUUCCUGGUAUUUUUAUCUUGUGAACCUCCCUGAGAUCUGAUGAAGGGAGGUAUAUUAAGUUUAAAAAGUAAUCAUAAUUUUAAUACAGAGAACAAAUAGUAAAAAUAAUCCUUAAUGAUUUCAGAACUGUAGAUAUCAGCAUUGUAUUUCGCUAACUUAAUGGAAGAAGAGCCGUCUUGGUUAUAGUUGAAAUUGUUCCGGCUCUGAAUAUUUUCAGUGAUCUCCUUUAGGACUGUACCCACAGAUAACCUGGAAUUAUGUACACUGAUGCUUAAAAGACAGUUUGUUUCAUCCAUGUAGUUUUAUUGCCCCUGGAAAGGGAUUUGGGUAAAGUUGCCACCCCCUGAACACCCUAGUAGUUUCCCUUGAAACUAAACAGGUCAAGAUCUGGUCAGUUCCAGAACAGGAGAAUUCUUGGGAACAAUUUGUUUUUAUUUUACGUAUUAAUUAAACUUGUAUACCACCCUUCUUCCGAAGAUCACAGGGUGGUUCACAACAUAAAAAUACAAAAUGCAAACACAGAAUACAUAAUAAAACAAAAGCAAAAUAAACCAAUACCCACUUAUGUCACCUUGGGUACCAUUAUGGAAGAAUGGUGGGAUAUAUUUUAAAAGAAACUUUUGUAAGGUGCCUAGAUACCAAAACUAGAUACAAACCAGAUUUAGCGUUAUCUCAUGUCUUAUAACAUUAUUAUUAUUAUUUGCUAUGGGCUUUUGAACUGCAUCAGAAUUUUAUUGAUUAUACCAGGUUUUAAAAACCAUAUAUUCCUCUUAUCUAAAGCUUACAUUAAACUUCUUAGCAUUCUUUUUUUAAUUUGCUGAAAACCAGAUGUGCUCCUAUGUGACUGUCCUAAACCUCAUGCUCGAAUGUCUUUGCAGGUUUUAUGGCAGGAAUUCUUCUUACGUGCAUGGUGGACUGGAUGCCAGUGGCAAACCACAGGAAGCCGUCUAUGGCCAGGCUGUAUGUACCCAACCAAUUAUUUUAUCACGUUCAGUCACAAUAAAUAAAGGCAUAGCCUUUGGCAAUACAUAAUGUUAAAUAUGGUGUUUCCAUUAGAUCAAGCAGUAAUCUAGAGAGAGCAUAGCCAUUUGUUUGCAGCAGCAAAAAUAUUAGGGUUGUUUCCAAUGCAGAGCUGAAACCUAUGGGCUUUUUUUGUCAUGUAUGCUGAUUUCUAUAGGCCUUCUUUGAGUUUGGCUUAGUUGGAUGCAACCCUUAGUUGCCAGAUGCUGGAAACAAUUAUCACCUGCAGUGUGUAAAAAUAUGGGAUAUGACUGAUAUACCAUACAAUCAGAUUUCAAGGAGGAAUAGGCAUAUAAAUGGACAUUGAGAGAGAACUCCAGAAAUGGCGAAUCUUGUUUAAUUGUUUACCCUGAACUGCACUAGGGUCAAGUGAUGGGGCACAUCCUGUUGCAUUUAACAUUUCCCCUACCUUAUUUUUUUAACAGAUAGGGUGUCCUCCGAAGCAAAGGUGUGGACAUUUGUGUCCGCCAUCUUUGUUUCCCAGAGUGCUGUGCCAUAGAACACACACAGGAAUGUGAAAAAGCAAAGAUGGUAGGCACGAUUAUCCGGAGCCUUUGUGGGGGUAGGUUUGUUAAAGUUGGGGAAAGACAGACAAGGUUUCUGAAAAGUUUCAAAUACAUUUGAUUUCCCAUAGAGUUUCUUGCUUGGCAGUGCUAAUGUAAGAGGCUGAUAUCCAACAGACAGUAUUGGGCUUGGAUUGUGGGAGACCACUUCUUUCAAGGCCUCAUGGUGUGACAUUGGGUCAGGUCAGUUAUUUAUGCACUUCAGAGGCUUCUAUGCAAAAAUGAAUAAUAGUGACCUAUCUAAAAAGGCAGCAUAGAGAUUAUCAAGUGCCUAAGGCUUUUGGUUUUCAGAGUUCUUGGUAAUUCUGUACUGAAUGUCUAUGCAUUUUUCGUUGUCUUUCAUUUCUGUUACUUUAGCAAUAGAUGAUCCCAGUUUUUAAAAUAGAACCUGAUUUUUGACUUCAUCAACUGCCAGAAAAAGAGCUCUAGUCUUGAAUCAGCAUCAAGACAUGUAGAUACUAAUCCAUGUCUUUGUAUCCGUGUAAUAUGCUCUUAACAAAGGGAAGGGGGAAUCUUAGGCCUUCUAAACAUUGGGCUCCCUACUCCCAUCAGGCCCCCAGCCAGUAUGGCCAAUGGUCCAGGGUAAUGGGAGUUUUAAUCCAACUGCAUCUGGAGGGCUACAGACUCUCCACCUCUGCCCUAGCAGUGAUACAAUUGUGUUGUAGUAGAACAUGCUUCAGUCUUUAAAAGAUGCACCCAGAGUUUCAAAAUAUUUAUUCAGCGCUUGCUGGGAUAGCUGCAUAUUGCACAUUCGAAUCGGAUGCAUUUUCUAUGAAGAUGAUGUAGUUCCACACCUGUAGCCUUCUGUUUUUCUCUGUUGUUAUCCAGAUUUGGUAUUUUCAGGGAAAUGGCCAGCCCGUUCCUUGAAAUGUUUUAAGACAGCCCGGGAUCCCUGAUUUCAUGGUUGCUGCCCUGAGGCACAUGCUUUCAAAACUAUAUUAAAGACUAUUGCAUUGUUCUCUUGCUUUCCUAAUUAGACACUAAAAAAAAACACCUAAAGCAAAACUUAGCCCAAUUACAUGUCCUCAUCCUUCCCCCCCCCCCCCCAGAUUUUAAAAUACUAGAUUAAGUUUAUGACCACAUGAAAGAGCUGCAGUUUAGUCCGUUGGCCUGCAGCCAGAAUCCUCCUUGUAUUAAUUAUGUAAAUAAAAGUAUACAAAAUAUACCUAGUUUUUACUGGAAAAUAGAGAAAAUUAGCCAUGGGGAUGAGGUUUGGGUUUUCUUGAAAACACUGUAGCAUGCUCUAAAAAUUAUUACAGUGGUACCUCGGGAUGCGAACAGGAUCCAUUCUGGAGCCCCAUUCGCAUCCUGAAUAGAACGUAAGACGCGAUGGCACAUCUGUGCAUGCGCGAGCGGCGAAACCCGGAAGUAACGCGCUCCGUUACUUCCAGGUUGCUGCGGAGCGCAACCCGAAAGCGCUCAACCUGAAGCACAUUCAACCCGAGGUAUGACUGUAUUAUUAUUUUCAUCAUCGUUGUUUAUUAUUUUCUAUCAGAAGUGCAUUUCACCCACAUAAUGUGGCACAAUAGCUGUUGAGCUACCAGCAUCUGAUGUGCAGAAACGUCUGAGAAUUUCUUGGCUUCCCCUUUAGAUUCUUUGAGCAGAGAAGAUGUAGGCAGUUUGAGUUGCUCAUGGCUGGGGCAGAAGCAAAAGGUUCAGAGUUUCACAAAAUUACUUGUGAAAGGCCUGUGGAAUUUCAUGGAGGUUGAGGCAAAAAUCCUUGCCCCUUCCUUUUUCACUCCAUCCUUUCCCAAACCUCCUAGUGAGUGAAAGUGUAUGUGUGUUUUCCUCCUCCUCCUCCCCCCCCCUUAAUACCUUUCUUCCCUAGGACUUUUCCCCUACUCUUUCUAGUGUUUAACCAGUCUCCACCAUUCAGGCACUGCUGUUGCAAGUACUGCAGCAGCCUUUCCUUGGCCUGUGCUGAGAAAAGCUUACUGGAGGUGGAUCUGGAUAGCUGGAAUGGCUGCUUUGUUUGCUUGUCAGGAUAGUGCCACCCUUGGCCAAACUAAACAGCUGUGUGGCUCUCUCUCAAAUGCAUUCAAUGGAACAUUGCAGCAGCCUUAGCUGUAGCCAUAGAGUGAGGCACCAGGGCAGUAGGUCAGCGGCCGUACAGGUGAGCAGGAGCCUUGGAAGAGGGAGGGAACCUUAAAGAGUCACAUCUUCACUCUGCCACAUUUUAAUUUAUGUUAAACUUAGUUAUGAAGCUAUGUAGCAUUAUGGAAUUUUAUCAACUAGCUUGUAUCUACUGGUUAUUGACCAAAACACACACACACACACACAGAGAGAGAGAGAGAGAGAGAGAGAGAGAGAGAGAGCGCGCGCGCGCUUGUACAGAUAGAAAAGGAAGAAUGUGUCUUACAUUCUCUCUGCAUUGAAGGAAAAGCAUUUCCAUAUUCAUCAUUUUUAAAGCAAUGCAUUCGGUAUUAAGAGGCCCUACCUAACAAAGGAAAACAUCUAUACAGUGGUACCUCUGGAUGCGAACGGGAUCCGUUCCGGAGCCCCGAACUCAUCCUGAGCAGAACGCAACCCGCGAGUUGUGACUCGCCGUUUCUGCGCAUGCGCGUGACGUCAUUUUGAGCGUCUUCACAUGCGCAAAUGGCGAAACCCAGAAGUAACCCGUUCCGUUACUUCCGGUCGCCGCGGAACGCAACCUGAAAACGCUCAACCUGAAGCGUCUUUAACCCGAGGUAUGAUUGUAGUUAUCAAAAUCAGGUACUGAGAGCUUGGGGUUUUAUUUUUAAUUUUUGACUAAGUGGGAUUCAAGUUUCUUUUAUUUUGUCUCCAGGACAUACACAAGAAGGUGAUGUCCCUGCAGUUUAGUGAAUGCCGCACUAAGAUCCGCCAUGUGGACGCUCAUGCAACUCUGAACGAUGGAGUAGUUGUGCAAGUCAUGGGGGAGUUGACAAAUAAUGGGCAGCCGAUGAGGAAAUUCAUGCAAACCUUCGUACUGGCUCCAGAAGUAAGUAGCCACCGUGAACUUCAAGCAGCAGGGACCUAAACACGAGUUGAACCCAAAUGAUCGCCCUCACUUCAGAAACGUUUCAACCAUCUGUGGCUGGAACAAAUCUUCCUAGACUAAACAUAGCACUUAUUUCUGCAAGCUUGCUUUGGUCCCUCCACCAGCAAUCUUAUCUAGGUGUACAUAGCUGCAAUUAUAGCUUCCAGGUAAAGGCCAUUCAUAUAUAUGAGAUGCCAAGUGUUCCAAAUGAAUUGAACAUUAUGGCUGAGAAGUCUUACAUUUCGUGUCAUUACAUUGGUAGACACAUGAAUGCAAAAGGGAAAGGGCAACUGAAUUUGAAAGCAAUAUGUAGCAUUGCCAGAGAGUUAGUUAAUCAACAGUUGAGUUGUUGUUGUUUUUACCCAUGGUGUGUUUGUUUUUACAGGGAUCUGUUCCAAAUAAGUUUUAUGUACACAACGACAUAUUCCGUUAUGAAGAUGAAGUAUUUGGUGACUCUGAAGCUGAACUAGAUGAAGGUAAGGGAAUCGGUCAGAGUUGGGACAUAGGAAGCCCUGCUAGCUCAGACUAAAGGCCUCUCUGAUCCAGCGUUCUGUUCUCACAGCAGCCAAACAAGAUACCUAUGUUGUUGUUGUUGUUGUUGUUGUUGUUGUUGUUUAGUCGUUUAGUCGUGUCCGACUCUUCGUGACCCCAUGGACCAGAGCACGCCAGACACUCCUGUCUUCCACUGCCCCCCGCAGUUUGGUCAAACUCUUGCUGGUAGCUUUGAGAACACUAUCCAACCAUCUCGUCCUGUCGCCCCCUUCUCCUUGUGCCCUCCAUCUUUCCCAACAUCAGGGUCUUUUCCAGGGAAUCUUCUCUUCUCAUGAGGUGGCCAAAGUAUUGGAGCCUCAGCUUCAGGAUCUGUCCUUCCAGUGAGCACUCAGGGCUGAUUUCCUUCAGAAUGGAUAGGUUUGAUCUUCUUGCAGUCCAUGGGACUCUCAAGAGUCUCCUCCAGCACCAUAAUUCAAAAGCAUCAAUUCUUCGGCAAUCAGCCUUCUUUAUGGUCCAGCUUUCAGCUUUCAUACCUAUAGGAAGUCCAAAAGCAGGACUUCAGGGGAGCAGCAUGCUGGAACUGAGAAAUUCAGGAGAUGAACCUGAGCACAACUCACUGUGGAAACUGCAUACAGUCAUAGUUGCGUUCACUUCAUGUUGUGAAUUUUCGGGUUGCAAACCCGGAGGUAUAUACUUCCGGGUUUUGUCGCAUGCGCACAAGUGUUCUGUGUGCUUCACGCAAGCACAGAAGCACCGCUCUGGUUGCAGACUUUUUGGGUACGAACGGCACCCCGAAACGGAUCGUGUCCACAACUAGAGGUACCAUUUUAGAGGCAAUCCAAGCUGAGCUAGCACAUAUUUCCACAAACAUUUUGUGCUCCAAGUCGAAGGGAUAACACCCUAGCCUUUGAAUAAAAGUAUGCUUAUCUGAGUGCUGCUCAGGUUAGUAUAUGUGCCAGUGUGGCCUAAUCCUACUUGGGUUAUUGUUGCCACAAUCCAGCCUGGUAACAAGCCCUGCAAGCAAUUUUGCACUUGGCAGGGCCUGACUAGAUUAUUCAAGAUUCUAACCUGACAGUUAUUUGCCUGUCGUUAUCCUAAGCCAGUUCCCACAAAGGGCGAUUUGAAUGACAUUUGAAUGAAUCUGAUUGAUAAUAUCAUGGCUGUUGUUGACCCCGGGGGGCUGACCGUUCUGUUACCCUUUCAUAUAACUAUCAACUUGACCAGAAAUCUUUCUUUCAAUUUACAGUAAGGAAAGAUCAGAGAGGUGGCUGUUAGGAAUAAAUUGUAAGGGGGGGGGGGGAUUUUGUCUGUUUAAAAAAGAGCAAGUCUCCUAUGUGCAGACAUGCAGUGGUGUGGGGGUGGUUAAUCUGAGCAUUGCAGUAGUAUUGUGCUGUGUGAGUCAGAUUUCAUUCAGAGACCAAGCACAUGUUCCUCAGGAAAGAUGAACGAGAAAAGGGAGCAGUGACUAUACAGUGAUGGAGGUGGAGCCAAAGAGAACUGCAAUGUUCUGUGACUCCUCUCUUCAGUAAACAGUUUAUUUCCACAGUUGUGCUUGAUUGAGGGCACAAGGAGAAGGGGACAGCAGAGGACAAGAUGGUUGGACAGUGUUCUCGAAGUUACCAGCAUGAGUUUGACCAAACUGCGGGAGGCAGUGGAAGACAGGAGUGCCUGGCAUGCUCUGGUCCAUGGGGUCACGAAGAGUCGGACACGACUAAAUGACUAAACAACAACAACAGUCUACUUCCAACCUAAAUUACUUUCCACCAUGUCAGUUUGGAGGCUAGACUGGUUGAAUGCAAAGAAAGGCUUGAUGAGGCAAAGAAAUAAAGGAAUAUCAGCUAUUUUUGAAUGGGAAGGAUUUCUGAAAUAGAGCAUGUGACUGACAUAUAAAGAGUAUAAUUUCGGAUGCAUUCGAGUAAAACACUUUAUGUCUCCAGCUGCAUUGUGGUGGAUUCUUCUUAAUUUGACGGUUUUUGGAAUUUGUGGCAGAUUAUUCUAUUAGUGUGCUGUAAUCAAUCUUAUGAAAGGAUGCAGGUGGCGCUGUGGUCUAAACCACUGAGCCUCUUGGGGUCAGCGGUUCGAAUCCCCACGACGGGGUGAGGUCCCGUUGUUUGGUCCCAGCUCCUGGCCACCUAGCAGUUCAAAAGCAUAUCAAGUGCAAGUAGAUAAAUAGGUACCGCUCUGGCAGGAAGGUAAAACGGCGUUUCUGUGUGCUGCUCUGGUUCGCCAGAAGCGGCUUAGUCAUGCUGGCCACAUGACCCAGAAGCUGCCUGCGGACAAACACCGGCUCCCUCGGCCUAUAGAGCGAGAUGAGCACGCAAGCCCAGAGUCGUCCACGACUGGACCUAAUGAUCAGCGGUACCUUUACCUUUUUAAUCAAUCUUAUAGUCGCAAAUGAAAGUGCCUUGAUCUUAAUAGAGCUCCUCUUUUUUACAGUAAUACAAUGCACAGCAGGUGUAUCUAUUCUGGAUUAUAAACCUAUGUACAACCAGUGAAAGCUGUGGGUGGAAUUCAACAUAGUGCCAAGUCCCUGGGCUGUGCAUGUGGAGAAUGAGGUCUGCUCACACAAUAAGACCCCCCAUCCCCAUACGCGUUCCAUUCCUCCACCCUUCUGAUGCAGAUUUAGGGGGUGCACGAAAGGAGGAGAAGGGAGAAAGGAGCACCGUGUGAGCAGGCCACAUUCUGUGCAGGCGGCAACUUGGUUGAAUCCAGCCCUCAAUUAUAGCUUUCCCUUUAGUCAUUUAAAGUGAACGAUCGAGUCUGAUUUUGCUUGGUGCCUAUUUACUGGGUAGUUUAAACUCUAUAGACCUGUAUGCACAUGAUUCAAAUACUUUGGUUGGCUCUGGUAAUCAGCCUGAAGUUGACAUGGACAUGACAACCCUGGUCUUCCCAGCUUUUGGGGUGGGUGGGGCCUUGUCCCUGCCAGCUUGCUGAUCUUGAGAGGCACUCUACACACAGCUCAUGGUUAUGGAUGAUGGAGCUUUCAGUUCAAAGCUUGGGUUGGGUGGGGGAAUCGUCUAGUCCACUUUGAAUUAGGGGGCAUUUGAUGUCUCUGAGGUGCAAGAAGAAUUGCCUAACCUCCUUACCUACCAAAUUUUGCAGCCCUGUGAAUUGGAGGGUGACUUGUUCAUCCGUUUGUUGUCGUUUAGUCGUGUCCAACUCUUCGUGACCCCAUGGACCAGAGCACGCCAGGCACUCCUGUCUUCCACUGCCUCCCGCAGUUUGGUCAAACUCAUGUUAAUAGCUUCGAGAACACUGACCAACCAUCUCGUCCUCUUGUCGUCCCCUUCUCCUUGUGCCCUCCAUCUUUCCCAACAUCAGGGUCUUUUCCAGGGAGUCUUCUCUUCUCAUGAGGUGGCCAAAGUAUUGGAGCAUCAGCUUCAGGAUCUGUCCUUCCAGGGAGCACUCAGGGCUGAUUUCCUUCAGAAUGGAGAGGUUUGAUCUUCUUGGAGUCCAUGGGACUCUCAGGAGUUUCCUCCAGCACCAUAAUGCCUCCACGGCAUAGGUCAUAGCUUCUCUCAGUUAUUCAAGCCCCUUCGCCAUGACAGGGCAGUGAUCCAUGAGGGAGUGUUCAUUGGUUAAAAGACUUUAAUAUGUUAAUCUAACUAACUAACUAAGCAUUGCCACUCUACUUCAGUCUGCACUGUUCCAUAUUACAGUGGACACUCAGGUUGCGAACGUGAUCCAUGCGGGAGGCACGUUCGCAACCUGCAGUGCCACGUCUGCGCAUGCGCGGGUUGCGGUUCGGCGCUUCUGCGCAUGCGCAAAGUGUGAUUUAGCGUUUCUGCGCAUGCGUGACCGCUGAAACCUGGAAGUAACCCGUCCCAGUACUUCCGGGUUUUGGCACGUCUGUAACCUGAAAAAAUGCAACCUGAAGCGUCUGUAACCCAAGGUAUGACUGUAUAUACAACGUUGUUGCUGUCAGUAAAGAGGCAUAUUCCUUUAAAAGUGCUGUUCUCCUACUUAAUUACCAAUAGUUAAAAUGACUUUCUCUCUAAUGUUUUAGAGUCAGAAGAUGAAGUAGAAGAAGAGCAUGAAGAAAGGCAGCCAUCUCCUGAGCCUGCUCAAGAGAAUGCAAGCAGUACUUAUUACGAUAAUCACCCUGUAACGUAAGACAACUUUAUAUUCUUACAUUGCAACCAGUCUAUGCAAAAUACGUUUCAUUUUUUAAAUUAUACAAAUCCCAUUUUAACACUAUUGAGACAUCCUGUUUUCAGCUCUUUUAUCUUUAGCCUGUGAUGAAAUCUAAUGUAUGGAACUUAUAAUCAAAAGGCGUUGAAAGGUUGUUCACGUUGUGUUUCUGAGCAACAACAUACUCCCUCUGGAAGAUUUUUGUAAGGAUUAUUGCCUUACAGUGAUUCUUGUAGUGUAUAGAGAAAUCAGAAUAGAAUUUAUGUGAGGCAUUAAUGUGUAGCCCUCUUUUUAAAUAUUAGGCAGAUGUCGUCUUGGUUGUCUUUUUAGUGCCUACUUGAAAUCCAUUUUAAGUAGAGAUCUUUCCCACUCUGCGUCUGUGCUGGAGAUGUUUUUUUAGAUGUUUUGUCACUUGUGUGUGAGCUGCCCUGGCUUUGGGGAGGAAGGGUGUGACUGAGAUACAUAUAUAAAAGAAAAUGUAUUUCUCUUUUGGUUAAUUUUACCUGUAACCAAAAAUUACUGGCUUAUGUGUGCAAGCAGUAAGUGCUAGGGCUGUAAGGGGAUGAGGUAAUUGAUAAGGCAAACUUAAUCCUUGGGAAUCAUCUAGGAAGGAAAUUAAUUUGUUAAACUGUGUUUCUUGGUGUGCACACUAGUGGAAGAAUGGCUAUGUAGUUUUUUUAUGGCACUAUAGGAAUGAUGGAUUUGUCCAGCUAUCAGUAGUCAAAGUUUAAGGGGCCAGUGAAAUUGUGCUUCAACAGAAAAGAGUUUAGCAAAAUCAUGGAUUGCAGGAUGGUUGAGGAUGGGGUAAAGGCUGGUAGGAUGUAGAGUCAGCUUUCCCCACCGAUAGCUACCGUUGCUCAUCGCCCUGAUCUGGCCACAGUGAUCCAUGUGACGUUCACCUCCAGGCUUGAUAAUUGUAACUCGCUCUAUGUGGGGCUGCCCUUGAAGCUGACCCAGAAACUCCAGCGGGUGCAGAAUGCCAAGGUGAGGCUCCUUACGGGGUCCUUGCCGCGGGAUCACAUUCAUCCAGUGCUUUACCAACUGCACUGGCUCCCGGUGGAGUACAGGGUCAAGUUUAAGGUGCUGGUUUUGACCCUCAAAGCCCUUUGCAGCCUAGGACUCACGUACCUACUGGACUGCCUCUCCUGGUAUGCCCCCUGGAGGACAAAUAACAACACUCUGGAGGUCCCGAGCCUCAAGGAGGUUAGAUUGGUUUCAACUAGGGCCAGGGCCUUUUCAGCACUGGCCCCGACUUGGUGGAACGCUCUGUCUCAUGAGACCAGGGCCCUGCGGGACUUGACAUCUUUCCGCAGGGCCUGCAAGACAGAGCUGUUCCACCUGGCCUUUGGUUUGGACUUGGUCUGACCCUUAUGUUUCCCUCCCCUUAUGGUCUUGAUUUAUCAGCUACUUUAAAAUGAGGCUGCAUUUUAAAUUGCAUUUUAACCUGUAUUUUAAAUUGGGGUUUUCCCCCCUUCUUUUUCCUUUCCCCCCUCUUAUGUUUUUACUGUGAUUUUAUUGGUGUUAGCCGCCCUGAGCUCGGCUCUGGCCGAGGGUAUAAAUAAAAUUUAUCAUCAUAAUCAUCAUUAUUAUUAUUAGUUAUUUUUUAUUACUAUUAUUAUUAUUAUAUUAUGUCAGUAUAUCUGGUUCUGCUAUCUGUUAGCAUUUUAGAAUUAAUUUAGCUGCAUCCAAUUCUUCUAGUAAUGGAAUAGAAGAAACAUUGGAAGAAUCUACUCACGAACCUGAGCCUGAGCUGGAAUCUGAAUCAAAAGCUGAGGAACUAAAACCUGAAGCAGAAGAAAAAAAUAUUGAAGAGCUAGAAGAAAAGUCUCCAUCCCCACCUCCUGCAGAAACAGUUUCUCUACCACAAGAACCACCAAAGGUUGGUUAAUUUUCGAUGCUUCGUGUAACUAGACUGAAGAUGGCUGUCAAACUCGGAUUGUGAGGAAACCUGGGUAGCUAUAAUCACAAAUAGAACUGGUGGGAGUAGCUUUUGCGUUGAGUAUUCAGUAUAAAUGAGUGUUCCCAUUGCCCCGUCCAUACAAAUGGACAUUCACAUUACUUAUAGUACAAAGCCAAAUGAAAAAUGUUUCUAAUGGGUACUGAGGCUAGUAAAAGUAUUUUAAGAUACCUUCUUAAAAAUAAAAACUCAUUAGUACUGUUGAUAUAGGACAGCAAGUUUUUAACAUAAUUGAUUCUUUACUGCUUUCUUACAAUGUAAAUUGAAAUGCAUCCAGUCUCAUGAUUCCCUUCCCUCCCAGUAGAAGGGGAAAAUAUUGCAGGCACUGUGUUCUGUUAUGACAGCCUAAUAAUUUGAGAGCUUUGGGAAGAAGUCACAGUAAAUUUACCCACAAGGUUAUGAUUUUGAGUACUUACACCUAUUGCUUUUUAGCUAUGACAUAUUUAGCUAUUACAGAGUAAUCAUGUUUGGUGCCUCAGGAGAACAUUCUAUAAAUCAGUUUGGAUAGGUUCCAUUCUAUAAAUAGGGAUCACAACCAAUUAGACCUGUUCCCUAAUUGUGCCUACCUAACCUCUGGUAUAAGAUACUUUAAAAGUAAAUAAAAUACUUUAGUCCAAGUCAUAAAGGCAACACUUGAAAUAGUUAAAGUAAUUCCUGGUCCACUGACGAGCACAAUUCAAACACUCUGAAUUGUGCUUGUCAGUGGACCAGCAAUCAGUUUUAACUGCUUCAAAACAGACAAGGUAAAUUCCAUAUAACUGGUCCCAGUCAGUAUUCUAACCUGUUUUGAAUCAUCUGAAGCUUUUGACUGUUCAAAGCACAUCCAGUGCUUUACAGUAGUCUAAAUGGGAAGUUACCAAGGGGAUCUGCCUAUUUCCUUUCUGGUGGGACCAUAGCUGGCAAACCAGCCCAAGUUGGUAAAAGGCACUUCAUGCUACAAAUGCCACUGGGUUGUAAAAAUUGAGAACAGAACCCAGUAUCAUCUCUAAACUGAACUUUCUUUUCUAGGGGGGAGAGGUCCUAGUUAGGGAAGACCCUGGUUGGUUCUGAUUGCAGCUAAUGACAGAAAUGAUAUCGCAUGCUACCACAGUUAAGACUGACAGGGAAAGUGUGAGGGAAUUUGGUCCUGAGAGCAAAAGGAUUGUGGCUAGUCCCUGUGUUUGGCGUGUUUCCAGUCUCUGGGAAUAUUAAGUCUGUACUAGCCCCCCAAGAAUGAUAAAGCACGAAGAAUGUACUCAUACAUAACUGCCCUCUCUUUCACCCCCGGUUAAGUGAGUAUAGGAUUACAGCCUAAGGUGAUGAACAUGAUCUGUUGAAACGAAUAGAUAACUAAAAUGGUAAAAACAUUCACAAUCUGUUUUGCUGGCAUCGUAUUAUGAUUGCACUUAAUUCUGAGACUGUCUUGCCGUAGAACAAAUGUUUCUAUUGGUCUAGUUUUCCCAUAAGAAAUGUCCAUGGUUUUCCAUGAUGAGCAGCCCAGGUUUGUUGCAUUUCCUGCAGGCUUUCUCUUGGGCUUCAGUGACCAGUAAAAACCUGCCUCCUAGUGGUACUGUUUCUUCCUCUGGAAUUCCACCCCAUGUUAAAGCACCAGUCUCACAGGUAACCAGUCUGUGAACACCUUAGAUUGUCUGCUUGUUUACAUCUACAAACUGCUUCACUAACAAAGCAAGUUACAAUUCCUCGAAUUAUGCCAAUUGGCUGCUUAAUAUAUAUCCCAGCACCCUGUACCAACUUACGACUGUUUUGUAGACUGGUUCAUUCAUUUCUUACCAGCAGUGCUAUUUUUCUAGAGAAAGGUGCUGGAACGUUCCAUGAACGCCUCCCUUGUUCUCUUAUAAUCGCAGUGGCGCCCACUUGAGAGGUGCUGGAACUGAAUUCUGGCAAGUUCCGGUUGAAAAAAAGCCCUGCUUACCAGUAUUACUGUUACUCCUAUUUCCAGAAAGUUUGUGGCAGUGCGAUAUAUAAGUUGUCUGGAACAAAGGUGUAGAAGGGAUCCCUUGGGGAUCAUCCACACUUUCGUUUGAACCGUAUUUUGAAAAUCUGAGAAGUCUAUGUGUGCAUAUUUCAUUAUUCAGAAUAUCAUACCCAGUUACUUUCUUUAAAACAAAAAACUUCUUUAUUUUUCUGUUUCAAAAAAUACAUAUAAUAAACAAUCCCUGUAUACCCCCACCUCCAAGAAACAUUCCAUUCAUAGGCAAAAUAAAUGAUACAGUCAAACAUUAAGCAGGUUUGUACAAUAGUUUAGAGCUGAUUAUAGCAGUUAAGGGUCUUCUGCUCUCCGUCUUAACAGAUUGUCCCAGAGUGAACCAUGAGUAGUUGAAAAGGUAGUUGAGUUCAUCUUUCUGCACCUUAAAAUUACUAGAGAAUGUUUUGUGGAGGACACGGAAAUAGGUUUAAGCACAAUGCUGCUGCUUUCCCCUUAAAAAAAAAACUUAGCAAAUCUGAAUAAACACAGCUACCAUACCAAGAGGCAAGGUGCAGAACCCAGCUCUGUUAGUAGACAUUUAAAGAUGUCACACUAGCAGCAUAAUCGGACCCUUUGACACAGCCCACUCUUGCAAGCUUAGUUGAAAUGAACAGGGCAGUGGUUUUCAACCAGUGUGCUGUGGCACCUUGGGGUGCCUUGAAUGAUGGUCAGGGCUGCCACGGACAACACUGGCCUCUGUCCCUCUUUCCUUCCCUCUCACCGCUGAUGUCCUCUUCUGUCUCUGCCUCCCAAAGGCUUGCACAGCUGUUUGUUGCAGCAGCCCUGGCUACUAGCUCCACAGGCGAAUGGUGCCUCUGGGGCUGGCCAGGGGGUGCUGGUUUCCAGGAGCUGAGGCAGCUUCGGAGCAAGCAAGCAAGCAGUUCAGAGAGCCCAGCCAGCCAGUCCGCCAGCCCUUGCUAUUGGAAAUGGACAGACAAGUCCCAGGCCCCUGUGGAGCAAUGUGAAGAGGCACCUCUCUUUGGGGGCAGCUCAGAGACCAGGGGCGGCAGCAGUGGCUGCCCGGAGGACUCCCAAGGAGAGGAGGCUGAGGGAACACUCCACAAGGAAGGGUUUUGAAAAAGGGUGAGGGGCUACCAGCUCUUCAGGCAAGGGGUGAGCCCCACAGGGGUGCCACAGAUAGAAUGUAGUUGGUCAAGAGAGCCAUGAACUCAAAAAGGUUGAAAACCUUUACAGUAAAACAUUGCUGGCAGUGUAUAUAAGAUUUAUAGUUUUCCCAAGUGUUAAAAUCAUUAUGUGUAAAACCAUCUAUUGACAUGGGCAUAGGAGUUGUCUCCUGUGCCCAUGUCAUAAAAUAUUUGAGGGGGCCACCCCCCUCCCAAAAUUGGUAGGCAUUGCCAUUCAAAUGGUGUGUGUCUGUUGUGUCAUGUGAUCGAUUAUGUGGGGUGGUGAUUACCUGCCCACCCCUCAAAAUAUUUUACUCAAGUUGGCCUGGAGGUGGCCUCUCUCACUAAUGAGUCGGUAGGAUUGGUUAGUGUAGAAAGAAGCCACAUGUUUUAUUGCCAUCAAUCCCUUUAACACUAAAUACCAACAGGAAUGGAGUCAAAGUUGGGUCAUUGAGAAAUAAGAGGGAGGUAUUGGCUUGUAGAAAUAAAUAAUAAUAAAUCCAUUUAAAAACAAACACUCCCUAGCUUUAAAAGGUAGAGGGACCCCUGACCAUUAGGUCCAUUCAUGACCGACUCUGGGGUUGUGGUGCUCAUCUCACUUUAUUGGCCGAGGGAGCCGGCGUACAGCUUCCAGGUCAUGUGGCCAGCAUGACUAAGCCGCUUCUGGCGAACCAGAGCAGCGCACAGAAACGCCGUUUACCUUCCCGCUGGAGCGGUACCUAUUUAUCUACUUGCACUUUGACAUGCUUUCGAACUGCUAGGUGGGCAGGAGCAGGGACCGAGCAACGGGAGCUCACCCCGUCUCGGGGAUUCGAACCGCCAACCUUCUGAUCGGCAAGUCCUAGGCUCUGUGGUUUAACCCACAGCACCACCCGCGUCCCUAUACUCGCUAGCUUUACAGUCUAACAAAUUAAUAAAGAUACGGCACACAAGGGAAAGAGGGGAUGAGGGGGGAAGAGGAAUAUAAAAUUCGAAACCUAGGCCCCAAUUUCUAGGCAGUUGUUCCUAUAUUGACCAGCUGGCUUAGUUCAUAGCUCAGUGGCAGGAGGUGCCUGAUGGAGCUUGGCCUCCAGCAAAGCAAAUGACUUGCACCCGGCUUCCUGUCUCUCCCACCAAGGCACCAAGCUGGCCUUUCGCAGCAGAGCCAAUGGGAGGAGCUCUGCUUCUCAGCUCUCCCAGUGCUUAAGCUGCUCUUUGAUAGUAGCUCUCAUGGCAUGGUGCUUAAGAAGGCCCCUGACUUGGGGGCGCGGCUUUUCAGGGUUGCCAGGGGCUGACCCUUGAAAACCCUCAUCACCACUAGUGCUUUGGGCCUUAGCUAGUCUGAGUUCAGAACUACUCGAUGUAGUUCAGAACUCGAUUCAGUGCUCUGUUUUUCUGUUUUAUAACAAAAAGUAAGCCCUACAGUCCUGGAUUGGUACAGAGGAAUUCAUAAGUGGAAUGUUUUUCCAACUACAAAACAAAACAAAACAAAAAAACCCAACAGCUUUAUUCUGCAUUUAUGAGUUGCUCUGCUUCGGCUGCCCAAGUUACCUUUAGAAUUUUUGCUAACCGUGCCUUUUCUCGUUCCAGCAAAGAGUAGAAACAAAACCUGAAACCCAGUCUCAGCCUCCUCGUGUGCGUGAACAGCGUCCGCGGGAGCGGCCAGGCUUUCCCUCAAGGGGCCCCAGACCAGGUAAAAAAAAAUCCAAGCACCAGUAUUGCAAAUUUGGCUUACAGUGGGUUUUCUGGGUUUUCCUUAGAAAAUCAGGUCGUUCACCUGGUUUGACAGGUUGGAUGGCCAUCUGUGAUGGAUGCUUUAGUUGAGAUUCUUGCAUUGCCGGGAGUUGGACUCGAUGACUCUCAGGGACCCUUCCAACUCCACAAUCCUAUGAUUCUGUGGCCUACCCUAAGUCCUCUAGCUUUAAAUUUGAAUGUGAAAGGCCCUUAUGGCCUUGAAGUUACAUGACAAUUACACACAUACACACAGAGAGAGGGCUUUUUCCCAAAGGUUUUUGCCAAGUAACAAGUGAACAGUUUCUGAAAAUACGUUCUUUAAAAAAAGCCCACCUGUUUUCCUCUAAGAACAAGAAGAAAACACAUCCAGCUAAAUCUGAACUUGACUAUUUACCUAUCUUAAGUUAAUAAAUAGGCAUUUCCAUUUCUGCUGGAGUUCCUCUUCUAGUUCCAUUUGCAGUCUUCUCUUUUGCAGUGUUCCAAGUGUGCUCUCUAACUUCCACAGUGCUCCAGCCCCUUUUAUAGUACUUCAGUGCUCUAUCUUUGCUCUUUUUAAUUCCCUCGUCCUUCUCUCUCUCUCUCUCUCUCUAUAUAUAUAUAUAUACAGUCAUACCUUGGGUUAAAGACGCUUCAGGUUAAAUCCUUUCAGGUUGCGUCCCGCGGCAACCCGGAAGUAACGGAAUGGGCUACUUCUGGGUUUCGCCGCUCGCACAUGCGCAGACACUCAGAAUGAUGUCACGCGCAUGUGCAGACGUGGCAAAUCACGACCCGCGCAGACGCGGGUUGCGUUCACAUCCAGAGGUACCACUGUAUAUAUAUAAUGUUACUUCAACUUUCUCUCCUAACCUUUUAGCCUGCCAGAAAGGGAAUAGAAUCCAGGAUAAGUUUCUAGUCGUUGAUACCUGUUAGGUUUCUCUCUUGCCUCCCCUUAAAACUUUUAGGCUUCAUUUUCUCCUAACUGUGAAGUCCCCGGCUGAAUUUUGACAUUCCUGGUUACAACAGAUAAUAAGCAAAGACAGCAUCCAUUUUAUGAAAUAGAACUGAACAUGGGAUUGAAUCCAGAGUUCAUUCUCGACAGCAGGAACAUUCCAUAUGUUUGUAAGCUGACUGCUGUUUGCGUCCUGGUUUUGUAUGAAUGCAGGUCGAGGAGAUAUGGAUCAAAAUGAAUCAGACAAUCGACGAAUAAUUCGCUAUCCGGAUAGUCAUCAGCUCUUCGUUGGCAAUUUACCACAUGAUAUUGACGAGAAUGAACUGAAAGAGUUUUUCAUGAGUAAGUGGCACAUAAGUGAAGCUUGAGGUGGUGGGGAUUCUUGCUAGUCACAUAUUAAGUUACCUCUCUAAUUAGCAUUGCUGAAAUUGCCUUCUGAGUAAACUGACUUGCUGCCUAAUAGAUGUCAUACAUUUUCCCAUAACCAUCUACACCCUGCUUUCACAGGCUUUGGGAAUGUUGUGGAACUUCGCAUCAAUACUAAAGGUGUUGGAGGAAAACUCCCAAACUUUGGCUUUGUGGUGUUUGAUGACUCUGAGCCAGUUCAGAAGAUUUUAUUGGCAAAAGUAAGUAAUCUACCCUAGUCGCCAUGUGAUAAACUAGUGUUAGAUUCUGUUUUCAUUAUGACACAUUGAAUUCUGCUGUCUUAGACUUUUGUAAGUCCCCACCCACUUAACAUUCAUCCAUCAAUGGAAUAAGACAGUGAAAGACCGGGCUUAAAAGCCUUUCUCCUUGAGGUGCUAUGGGGGGGGGGUUGUAGGUAAGUGUUCUGUGUGGAAAAAGCUUAAUAAUGCUAUUUUCCACUUGCAGCCUGAAGUGAUAAGAGUCCAUUCUGUCAGGGGGGUGGGGAGUGUUGGAACCGAGGGGUGAAAAGCCAGCUGGCUCGGCCAUCUCCCUCUCAGCCUUGCCGCUGUGGAGAUCCAUCAGUCAUCCUCCUCCGACGUGCUUCUGCGACUCAAGUUGCGGUGCAUGCUGGAGCACAUAUUACUCAGCAGAGUAAUCACACAACAGAAUCAGGCCCGAGGCGUGGAUACGAUACUAAGCUAUGCAUUUAUUAUACAUAAAUCAGGACCAAGAAAAACAUGGCCUCUCUCCUUGUUCUUCUCAGGGAGAGAGAAAACAAAAGCAAUACAGAGCGGAAGUUCCGCUCACGCCAGCAAUCCGUGCUGGAAUGUAAACAGACGUAACAAUCCCACAUAUCUGCAGCUCGGGAGGAGUGUAAUCCCAACAGGGUGAGGAUCUGGCUGUAGGCCUGUUCAGAUGGCACUUGCCUGCCUUUUGUAGAUCAAUACUUCACAGUGAAGUCUAGGAACAAGUUUUGCACUUCCUCGCCUUCCUCCCCACUGCACAUUUAUUGUAGUGGCUUUAAAACAAACAAACGGGGAUCUCCCUAACUCUGCAAUCCAGACCUCAAUUAAAAGAAGGAUUUGAAUUGAAAGUUUAUAAAGAGGCCACAGUUAAUGCAUAGCAAGCGAUAGCUGAACUGAUGAGAGGCAAAGUGCAGUGUAAACCAGUCCCUAGUUAAUGUAAUAGUGAAAAUCUAUCCGAAAAUAGGUCACAGCUAUUUGUUUGCGACACCAUUGAAUACUGAGAGUGUUCUAAAUUGCAAAGUGUUAUUACUGAAAAUUACCGCUCUUGAAAGGAGUGAAUUUGAGGGCAUAACUUUAGAUGAGGCACAAAACGGUUGAUUAGAACGCAUACAGAAUUACAAUGUAGGGUAGAAAGCGGCAAGAGAAUAACUUCACAAUAUUUCAAGAUAACAGGAAGCAGUGCUAUUUUUCUAGAAAAAGAGGUGCCAGAACUCACGAUGAACACCUCCCUCGUUCUCUUAGAAUGGGAAUGGCACAUACCUGAGUUCUGGCUGACAGACCCUGACGGGAAGUCAUAUUCUUGUAAUUAUUAUUUUUUUAAUGACCAGUUGCUUACUGUGUUUGGAUAAUCAGCUCAAUUGAGAAUUGGCCAUCCUUGCACCCAGAUCCUAGACCUGAAGAAAGGAGUGAUCUGGGAUAACUAAGAACAUGCAUUGCUUCUAAAGUGGAGUUUUGUAAGGAAUGUUCAAAGUAUGGCAGCUUCUGCCUCACGGGGUCUCUGCCAUGGGAGCAUAUUCACCCAGUGCUUUUCCAGCUGCACUGGCUCCCAGUGGAGUACAAGGUCAGAUUUAAGGUGCUGGUUUUGACCUUUAAAGCCCUUCACGGCCUAGGACCCUCGUACCUACGGGACCGCCUCUCCCAGUAUGCCCCACGGAGGACCUUAAGGUCCAUAAAUAGCAACACCCUAGUGGUCCCGGGCCCUAAGGAAGUUUGAUUAGCCUCAACCAGAGCCCAGGGCCUUUUGAACACUGGCUCCGGCCUGGUGGAACGCUGUCUCAUGAGACCAGGGCCCUGCGGGAUCUGCUUUCUUUCCGCAGGGCCUGUAAGACAGAGUUGUUCUGCCUGGCCUUUGGCUAAGAAUCAAUUUGAUUCCCUCCCCCCCUUUCUUUUUUCCUUUCUCCUCCUGUGAAGGGGCUGCAUCCUAAUGUUUUAAUGUUGUAUUUAAUCUUGUUUUUAAAGUUGCAUUUCAAUCAACUUGUUUUUAUUAUUGGUUGUUAGCCUCCCUGAGCCCGGUCUUGGCUGGGGAGGGCGGGGUAUAAAUAAAAUGGAUUAUUAUUAUUAUAGAUUUCUGCCAUCCAUACAAACAACAUUGUCACAGAUGGUGCAAAAUAACACCCACUGGGUCUGUGUAUUGUAGCUAGCAAGAUAACAGUAAUAAGAAUUGCUAAUGAUAUGACAACCUGAAUACUAACUAGCAUUGUGAUUGACACACUCUAAAGAAAUGAUGCGUUCUGAUCUGGUCUGCCAAUGACUGUCAGCAGUUAGGUUAGCUAUGCACACUCAGUGCUCUAAUGUUGCAUGCAUGACAUGGAGAUGAUGAUGAUGAUGAUGAUGAUGAUUAUACCCAGCCACUCUGGGAGCCUUCUGCAUAUAUGUUCUACUAAAUGAGCUAAUGAACCUCUUUGGACACUAUAAAACUAGCUAAGCUUUUGGUAUUAACGCUUUAUCUUCUCCUUCCCUCCCCGCCCUUUCAAGCCUGUUAUGUUUCGUGGUGAAGUGCGCUUGAACGUAGAAGAAAAAAAGACCAGAGCUGCUCGUGAAAGGGAGACCCGAGGUGGUGGCGAUGACCGCAGAGAUAUCCGGCGCAACGACCGAGGUCCAGGGGGUCCACGUGGCAUUGUGGGUGGUGGAAUGAUGCGAGACCGCGAUGGAAGAGGGCCUCCUCUAAGGGGUGGCAUGGCCCACAAACUUGGCUCCGGAAGAGGAACUGGGCAGAUGGAAGGCCGGUUCACAGGUCAACGUCGUUGA